GUGACCCUGAUCAAGCGUUUACAGAAACCUCCGCGGCGGGACAUUCGUAAUCUUUUCAGCCUCUCGAAAGAGUGCAGAGUGAUUUUUCAUAAUAAUUACAAAUAUUGUUUAACAGAAGGUUAACGUAAUGGAGUGUUUGAAUGUUCCAAGAAUCCUGCCAAAUUCCCCACGGAAAGCAAUAGGACAGAUCCAGGUCAUCUUUGGGCCAAUGUUCUCCGGCAAAAGCACUGAGUUGAUAAGGCGAGUGCGUCGUUUCCAGGUCGCUCAGUACAACUGUUUGGUGGUCAAAUAUGCCAAAGAUACGCGCUACUCUGAGAAGGGCAUGGCCACGCACGACAAAAAAACAAUGGAAGCUGUACCAGCCAACUGCCUGAGCGACGUGCGUUCUCUAGCUCUGCAGGCCUGCGUCAUCGGAAUCGACGAAGGACAGUUUGUAAGUAUAGUACAUUAGUCUGUUAGCCUCUCA